AUGGCAUUUAAUAUACAAAUAUCUGGACCAAAAUUAAUCAUGCACGAAAAAACAUUAGCAGAAAUGCUAAUGAUUCAAUUGAACAACAACAGUGGCGUUUUUGGUGUAAGAAUAUUUAAAUCGUGUUAUAUAAUAAAAAUAAUGAUUUCAUAGUUUUUUUUUUUUUUUUGCAAAUAAAAUUGUUUACUGUAGAUCGACUGUUCCACUGGCAUCGAGCACAGUUAUCCAAAAUUGAAAAAAGACGUCUUAGCAAUGUCUUCUGCACUUCAAAAAGCUAAUUUUGGUAAUGGAGACGUUGUAAUGACUACAGACUAUGGAUCAUACGAAGGCCAGGUGGUUUUAUUAGCUGGGAUACUGUUGGGAACGACCGUUAGUACGCUGGACUAUAACUUAAAAAAAAGUACCUAAGCAUCAAUAAGUAUAAAAAUUUAAAAAAACUAAUCUCGUUAAAUUAUAUUUCCAGAACAUCAGGCAGCGCUUAUUAACGAAUCCAAACCAGACGUAAUAUUUUGUAGUGUGUCUAGUACACAUAUAAUAGCAGAUAUAUUGAAUACUGUUACACAUCAACCAAAAUUGAAGAUUUCGACAGUGGUUCAGGAUGGGUUUAGUACUUAUGACAAUAUGAUUGGUUGUGCACCAGGUGAUUUAUUUGUAACACCAACAAAAUCAGUUAGUAAAAAUCGACCGUUUGCUUUAAUUUAUUCGAGCGGUACUACCGGAAUCCCAAAAGGAAUAUAUCUAUCUGACGAUGCCGUCAAAUCUGCAUUAAUAUCAUUUAAGUGAGUAUACUGGUACGCACUUUAAUAUUAAUUUAGCUACAAAACGAAAAUUAAUUUCAGUGUAUAUUUUGUGAAGGUCAUUAAUGGAUGAACCCAAUGAAUAUAGAUUUAUGAUAACAUCUCCUGUAUUUUGGUAUACUGGACUUUUGUUAUUCAUGCUAGGCAUUCAUUACGGCAAACCUAGACUUUUUUUCUCAUCAAAACCAACGGUUGAACAAAUACUUUGUUCAAUACACAAGCUUAAAGUAAAUAUAACUUUGCUGAGACAUACAUAUCGUAUACAAAAUUAAAUAAGUAAAAAGUAUUUUAAAUUUAUGUUCCUGCAGACAUAACAUUUAAUAAAAAAUGUAUAACUUUUUAUUUUUCCUUAGUUAAUAAAAGAAAAACGGAUUCAAUAAACUAAUUUUAUUCUACAACAAUAAAGUGGCCUAAAUUUUUAAUUCUUUAAUUAUUGUUUUACAGUUUAGUAAAUUAAUUGAUGAUAAAUUGUUAUGGUUGCUAUGAAAUAUUAAUUUGACUUUUUUAGUUAUAUGGUUUUUCCGGAGUGCUAUUUUCCAAUUUACCAAAGUAAACAAAUAAUGUGUAUAAAAUAUAGAUCUAAACUUUCAUUAUUUUUAGAUUUGGAGUGUAGCGAGAGAUCUACUGAUUUCACUAUGAUGUGGGUUUUUUUUUUGUAUUUUGUUUUUUCUGUCUGUGAACAACUUAACCAGAAAUCUUCCAAAAAUCUUGCUUUGAAGUAUCGAGUGUACCACUUUUUCUAAAAAGAUAUUUUCUCUCGUUGGUGUAUUAAGGAAGUAAUUUUUUUUUAUUUGCUAAGGAAUUUUCAAAAUAAUUGUGAAAAACCCGGAAUAAAAUUAUGGGUAAAACGGUAAAUAUACGCCGCACCGCAGCGUUAACGAUUUCAUUAUUUUAAAUUUGUUAAUAAGAUGUUUUCUACCAGGAAUAUUGUUCCAAUCGAAAGAUGACAAGAGAAAUUUUUUAUUGAAUCAUUAAUCUAGUUGGUUAUUAAAAAUGUUGUUUUUGAUUUUCUAUGUAGUUUUUUAAUAAUUUAGCAAAAUCGAAAAAUACGCAGAAAGAGCGGGAAAAUGUAUGAAAAUAAUUAUUUUAUUAUUUUAAAUUUAAUUCAGCUAAACAUAUUCGUAGAAACUUUAAAUUUGUAUAAAAAAAUAUGUUUGCCUUCUCUAAAUUUAUUACAAUUUUAAAGGAUUUAAGCCACUUUUGAGCUAUUUAUAGACAUUUAAAUUUGAAUAAUGUUUUUACGUAAUUUUUAUUAAGUAGGAUAAAAUUAUUGAGACUAAAUAGAAAUGAUUGAAAAAUUGACAGGAGGUUCAUUAUAAUUCGUGUUUAGUGGUUGUUUUUAUUUUUUUUUAUGAGAAUUUUAAAAUCCAAUUUUAACGAAAUGUUACGGCCUUUCAAAACAUGUAAAACCGAACUUCACUCAGAAUUGUUUUUUAUCAGGUACAGGUAUAAGUUAAAUAACUUCAUGUAUCCCAUCUUUCCAACUACCCACCUACAACAGUAGUUACACACGUCUUUAGUAUCAGCUCUUUCUUUGCUUUUUUUUUUUAAAAAUUAAAUACCGUUUUAAUAGCAAAAUUAAUACGUAAUAAACAUAUUGAACACAAUACUUUAAAAAGUUAUAGCAUUUAUAAUACUGAACAUGAAACAAACAAUAAUAACAGCCAAUGGGUAUAUAAUACUUUUUGAAUUUUAAAUAAUUAAUUAAUAUGUAUACAAAUAGAGAUUGAAGCUUGAAAUUCAAAUUCCAAAAUGUCAUGCAUAUUCAUUGAGUAUUCCAGGUUUUCCGUGACUUUUUCAAAUUCCAUGACUUUUCCCAGUUUUCUAGGUUUCCAAAAGCCGUGGCUAAAUACAAUUAAUUCUUAUAUACAUCAACACAAUACUAAUAUAAUUGUUACAGCCAACGUUUUUAAUGACUAGUGUUGCCGCAGUCAAUGAGAUGAUGUAUUACCAAAUGAAGAAUGACCAUAAAUAUAAUAUUAAUAGUUUAAUAACAUUGGUGGUCGGCGGAUCUCCAAUGCGACCAGAAUUACAAGAAACGAUUACUAAAAAUUUAUUGCAUGGGAGAAUACCGAUAAAACAAGGGUAUGGAGCUUCAGAACAGGGAAUUAUUGCAAUUUGGCCUAUGAAAUCGGAUAUUAAUACUGUUAAACACGGAUCUGUCGGAAGACCAGCUGCUGGAAUUAAAAUCAAAGUAUGUUGUAAACAAAACUAUGUAUAUGUAUUAGGUAUCUCUACGUAUUUAUAAUUGUAAUUUCAUAUUAUGUGUAAUUUGUAGAUUGUUAGCCUAAAAACUGGUAAAUGUGUGGGUCCUAAUACCGAAGGUGAAAUUCGUAUUAAAUCUGUGUCCAACAUGAUCGGUUAUGCGUAUGAUAUGAAAAAAACAAUUAAUUCGUACGACGAAGAUGGAUGGUUUAAGAGUGGUGAUGUUGGUUAUUAUACGAAUGACUGUUGUCUGUUUAUUGUUGGUCGAAUAAAAGAGUUAUUGAUUUACAAGGACAUGAGAGUACGAUCAUUUUGUAUAAGUUUGGUUUUUAAAUAGAUAUUUAAUUAUAUUCUAUUCCAACUCUAAUGAUUUAUUUUUGAAUAGAUAUCACCGAUCGAUAUAGAAACAGUUUUAUUAAGUCACCCUGCUGUACUCGACGCAGGAGUAUCGAGUAUAGACUGUUUGGAAGGUGAUUUGUUAGUAGGAGUUGUCAAAGUAAAACCAGGUCAACAAAUUGAAUCUAAUCGACUAGUAUCUUACGUUAACGGUAAGAUGAGGUUUUUAAAUAGUGUCUAUAUAUAAAAUCAUUAAAACGGGUUGUUAAAAUCAUUUCAGAAAAAGUAGAAGAUCACGAGAAAUUGCGCGGUGGUGUGAUAUUCGUUAAUGACAUACCCAGAUCUCCGGCAGGUAAACUUAAACGAGAAGAACUUAAAAUUUUAGUCAAAUAAAUGUGUUGAAAAUAAAAAUAUUUAAAACAUAUCCAUACUUAAUAAGAGACGUUUAUAGUCAUUUAAUAGAUACCUAUAC